GAUGGGAACUACAAUUCCCAGAAGGAUGUGCGGCCGAAAGCCUCGGGCGGCCUUUUGAGGGGCUCGGCUAGCUUCAGCGCCGUGGGGUCUGACCUGGCUGGGUGUAGUGUCCCGGCCCGGCAGGAGGGGCGGCCUGGUCCGGGUUGCGCCUCCUGGAGCCGCCCCCGGGACGUCAGUCCUGGAGGAGGCGAGGGUUGCUCCGGUUGCUAAGAAGACUAUGAACAAGUCAGAGGACCUGCUGUUUGCUGGUUCCUCAUUAGCAUCCCAAGUCCAUGCUGCUGCCGUUAAUGGAGAUAAGGGUGCUCUACAGAAGCUCAUCGUAGGAAACUCUGCUCUUAAAGACAAAGAAGAUCAAUUUGGGAGAACACCACUUAUGUAUUGCGUGUUGGCUGACAGAUUGGAUUGUGCAGAUGCUCUUCUGAAGGCAGGAGCAGAUGUGAAUAAAACUGACCAUAGCCAGAGAACAGCCCUCCAUCUUGCAGCCCAGAAGGGAAAUUAUCGUUUCAUGAAACUCUUACUUACACGCAGAGCAAACUGGAUGCAAAAGGAUCUGGAAGAGAUGACUCCUUUGCACUUGACCACCCGGCACAGGAGCCCUAAGUGUUUGGCACUUCUGCUGAAGUUUAUGGCACCAGGAGAAGUGGAUACACAGGAUAAAAACAAGCAAACAGCUCUGCAUUGGAGUGCCUACUACAAUAACCCUGAGCAUGUGAAGCUGCUCAUCAAGCAUGAUUCUAACAUUGGGAUUCCUGAUGUUGAAGGCAAGAUCCCACUUCACUGGGCAGCCAACCAUAAAGAUCCAAGUGCUGUUCACACAGUGAGAUGCAUUCUGGAUGCUGCUCCAACGGAGUCUUUACUGAACUGGCAAGACUACGAGGGUCGAACUCCUCUUCACUUUGCAGUUGCUGAUGGGAAUGUGACCGUGGUUGAUGUCUUGACCUCAUAUGAAAGCUGCAAUAUAACGUCUUAUGAUAACUUAUUUCGAACCCCACUGCACUGGGCAGCUUUAUUAGGCCAUGCACAGAUUGUCCAUCUCCUUUUAGAAAGAAAUAAGUCUGGAACUAUCCCAUCUGACAGCCAAGGAGCCACACCUUUGCACUAUGCUGCUCAGAGUAACUUUGCUGGAACGGUUAAAGUGUUUUUAAAACAUCCUUCAGUGAAAGAUGAUUCAGACCUGGAAGGAAGAACAUCCUUUAUGUGGGCAGCUGGCAAAGGCAGUGAUGAUGUCCUUAGGACUAUGCUGAGCUUAAAAUCGGACAUAGAUAUUAACAUGGCUGACAAAUAUGGAGGUACAGCUUUGCAUGCUGCUGCUCUUUCUGGCCAUGUCAGCACCGUGAAGUUAUUACUGGAAAAUAACGCUCAAGUAGAUGCUACUGAUGUUAUGAAACAUACUCCACUUUUCCGAGCCUGUGAGAUGGGACACAAAGAUGUGAUUCAGACACUCAUUAAAGGUGGAGCAAGGGUAGAUCUAGUUGACCAAGAUGGACAUUCUCUUCUACAUUGGGCAGCACUGGGAGGAAAUGCUGAUGUUUGCCAGAUAUUAAUAGAAAAUAAGAUCAAUCCAAAUGUCCAGGAUUAUGCAGGAAGAACCCCUUUGCAGUGUGCAGCAUAUGGAGGCUAUAUCAACUGCAUGGCAGUUCUCAUGGAAAAUAAUGCAGACCCUAACAUUCAAGACAAAGAGGGAAGAACAGCUUUGCAUUGGUCCUGCAACAAUGGAUACCUUGAUGCCAUUAAAUUACUGCUAGACUUUGCUGCUUUCCCUAAUCAGAUGGAAAACAAUGAAGAGAGAUACACACCCCUUGAUUAUGCUUUGCUUGGUGAGCGCCAUGAAGUGAUCCAGUUCAUGUUGGAGCACGGUGCCCUGUCCAUCGCAGCCAUACAAGACAUCGCCGCCUUCAAAAUCCAAGCUGUCUACAAAGGGUACAAGGUCAGAAAAGCCUUCCGAGACAGGAAAAAUCUCCUCAUGAAGCAUGAACAGUUGAGAAAAGAUGCUGCUGCCAAAAAGCGAGAGGAAGAAAACAAACGAAAAGAGGCAGAACAGCAAAAAGGAAGGUGGAGCCCAGAUUCCUGCAGACCCCAGGCCCUUCCCUGUCUGCCCAGCACCCAGGAUGUGCCCAGCAGGCAGAGCCGGGCCCCCAGCAAGCAGCCUCCUGCUGGCAACGUGGCCCAAGGCCCUGAGCCAAGAGACAGCAGAGGAUCUCCAGGAGGGUCUCUAGGCAGAGCCCUCCAGAAGGAGCAGCAUGUUUCCUCAGAUUUGCAGGGAACAAACUCCAGAAGGCCAAAUGAAACAGCCAGAGAACAUUCUAAAGGCCAAUCUGCUUGUGUCCACUUCAGACCCAAUGAAGGCAGUGAUGGAAACAGGCAUCCAGGAGUUCCCUCUGUUGAGAAGUCCAGAGGUGAGACAGCUGGCGAUCAGCGGUGUGCAAAGGGGAAAGGCUUCAUGAAGCAGCCCUCCUGUAUCAGGGUGGCUGGGCCUGAUGAGAAAGGAGAGGACUCCAGGCCGGCAGCUGCAAGCCUUCCACCACACGAUAGCCACUGGAAGCCCAACAGGCGGCAUGACACAGAACCCAAGGCCAAAUGUGCCCCCCAGAAAAGGCGCACUCAAGAGCUCAAAGGAGGAAGGUGCUCCCCGGCUGGUUCUAGCCGCCCUGGCAGUGCCCGGGGGGAGGCAGUCCAUGCUGGACAGAAUCCUCCCCACCAUCGUACACCAAGAAACAAAGUGACACAAGCCAAGCUCACAGGAGGGCUCUAUUCAGAUUUGCCACAGAGCACAGAGGAGCUGAGGUCAGGAGCCAGGAGGCUGGAGACAUCUACCCUGUCCGAGGACUUUCAGGUAUCUAAGGAGACUGAUCCAGCACCCGGUCCCCUCUCUGGGCAGAGUGUGAAUAUUGACCUUCUCCCCGUAGAGCUCCGACUGCAGAUAAUUCAGAGAGAACGAAGGAGGAAAGAGCUGUUUCGCAAAAAGAACAAGGCAGCAGCAGUCAUCCAGCACGCCUGGCGAAGCUCUUGGCCAUUAACAAAGUCCUCUCAUGCCUGACUCCAUGUGAUCUCCCAACCACACCAGGAAGCCAUCAUGACUGGGAGCAGUAUCCCCAUUUUUCAGACAAGAGAGGAAAAAUUGACUUGUCCUUUUGGUGCAGAUCCAGCACUUGAACCUCUGGCUGACUCAAAUCCAAGGGCCUUUCCCUUACAUGAUUAGUGAAGUUAGUUUUUGCUGUGGUCAAGCUAAUGGAGGCGGAGAUGGGCCCCAUGCACUUUGCCUGAAAAUAGGUUGGAGAAGGCUGCCUGGUUGGUGUCACACACAUCAGGGUAACCAGGAGAAGGGUGAUGUUACUACUACCAAUUGUUAACAUACUAGUAGUGUUUAUUGGACACUUGUGCCAGACACUGUUCAAACUAGUUUUACCUGGCUAAUUCAUGUAAUCGUCACCGAUAACCCUGCAAGGUAGGUAUUCUUCUUAGCCCCGUUCCACAGAUGAGGAAACUGAAGCACAGAGAGGUUCAUCAACUCACCAACAUUACAGAGCAAGUGCCAGGGCUGGCUUUGAGCCAAGACAGUCGGCCUCGAAAGCCACAGGUGGAAAUGGCCAUUGCACCCCCUCAUCGGGCAGUUAUGCUGGGACAUGCACUGGCUACCAUCCAGAUGAACUCUUUAAGUAUUCUGGCUGAAAUCUAGGAUCUAAACAAGCCAGCAAGGUUUACCACGCCAGACCCCACAGCUGCUCCCUACCUGAAAUGUCUCCUUCUCUGACUGUUUGACUCCUUUGAAGAGUCAGAAGCUGACAGGUCCUGUCAGUAAGUGACCAGAGUAGCAAAUGAGCCUUCAGUCAUUCCCCCAAGAACAGUGGGCUUAUGGUCUAACAUGCCCACCUGGGUAGGUAACUACACAGGCCCCCUCUGGACGUGCCAUUGUACAAUUCUGAGGCCCAAAGGACUUCUGGAAUUGUUGCACAUUGCAGAAAGCCAAGUCUGUUGACAGUAAACACACUUUUAUUGAUUCUAUUAUAUUUUAACUACAUUUUCUAUUGUAAAUACAGGAGCCUGAAGUGCUGUCCUGAAAGUGUAUCUGAUAGCAAACCUAAGCAGUGAGGGCUGGGGCAGGGGUCAGGGCUGGACACGUAAGUGUUCAGUGCAGGCUGUGGUUAUAGGGGACAGGUGGAGGAUGGAGAAAAGGAGCUGGAAAACAGGCAGGGAAGGAGUGGGCAAAAUGAACCUUGGGUCCUGAGAAAAUGAAACUUGAUCUUAAAAUUGUCAGUUUAAUAACCAAGUAAGAUGACUAUUUUAAAGAUUGAAACAGGAUCCUGGACAAGCUGAGCAGGAAAGGUGCUGCUGGGCCCACUGAGGGCUGACACCAUUAACAGCUUCAGCCACUACCUGGGCUUCCCCACAAGUUCUGUGCCCACAAGAGCAGAAGGUAUGGAAGACAGCAUUUCAAACAGGAGAAACUGAAUUAUAGUGCGGUAGUGCCAUACUUUUCUCUAGACUUGGCUUUUUGGAAAUGUGGUACGUAUUCUAGUAGAGGGAUGCCAUGGUGUUACCCUCCAGGAAAGAAGGACGAGUCGUGUAGGCUGACUGAAAUCAGCCUUUGGGGAAGGAGGGAGGGGCUGCACCAAGCGCUGCAAGGAGCUUUUAGCAGACUUAGGAAAAAGAUUACUUCCCAUUUGGUGCAGCCUAAAUGGGAUCACUGUAAAAUCAGACAUGAAGCCUGUUGCUCUCUGCAGCUACCUAUAGGCUCACUAGGAAUAAAGACAGAUACAGAUAAUAAACAUUGCUGCAGCUUUCCUUUGGAGGCCUCAAAAUAGUUGUUACACAGUAAGUUUGGGAGUGCAUGUGGGAUAGAAAGCAUCAAAUAAACCCUAGAUGUAAAUAUAGCCAUCAUCUCCAUUCCUCACCCACUCCAAACCCACCUCCAACAGACUUAUCUUAGUAAGAUGCAGCUCAUACCUUUACCACUCUAAAGCCCCCUUUCGUCACCAAAUACACAGUGCUUCUACCACAUUGUGUUACUGACUUUCUGGCACAAAUGCCUGUAUCUCUGCUGAUGCCAGUUCUGCUACGUAGAAUGCUCUUCUCUGCCUGGUAAGCUCCUAUUCAUCUUUUAAAAUCCAGCACAAAUAUUAACCUUGUGAAACCUUACCAAACCAUCAGUCAGUCCUGCAUCUGUUUGCACAACCAGCUCCUUGCUCUUGCACAGUAGUCUCAUGCCACACGUACCUCUUUACACAGCAGCCUGUUCCACUAGUCUGUGAGCUCCUUGAAGGCAAGGAAUCAUGAUUGAAUCCUAGUUCAGGAGGUGUUUGAUAAUGGAAAAAGAAUUCCACAUUCAACAUGCUGCCGCCAAAAUUAGGAAUGGGAGCUUGAAUGAACCUACCAGGAAUUCAGCAAAUACUACUACUAUAGCUUCUAGGAACCUUAAGGAAAUUUAUUUUUCUCAGUACUGUGAUCUUAAAGCCUCUCCUCUCCUCUGACCCAACCAGCUACAAGCUCAGGAAGCACCUGUCCCACCUUCGGCAUAUGAAGCAGCUUGGAGCUGGAGAUGUGGACAGAUGGAGGCAAGAGUGUACAGCAUUGCUUCUCCAGGUUUGGAGAAAGGAACUGGAACUAAAACUCCCCCAAACCA